ACUCUUCAUUGAACAUGAUUGAGGCUGCGUAUAAAAUCGUUGUUUUGGUAUUCCUGCCUUCCGGGAAUGCGUUGGAACUGGAUCAUCAUUGCCAAUGAUCAUUCAGUGUCGUAUUGUAAAAUACAUCCAUGAGUGAUACAUGAUAAUCGUCCAAAGUGAUUGCAGAAUCGUAUACCAGUUUCUCUUUUUCAACAGUGAAUUGAAUAUAUAGUGGUAGCGUUUGCCGCCAAUAAUGUCGACCUCUUUCAGCAUCGGUCAGAGAGCUGCCCUGGUUGCGGUAGCUUCCCUUUCAGGGUAUGCCCUUUUUCGCCGGAAAUAUCCCAACCUCACGACGGAUGUCCGGUAUUUCCUAAGUUUGGCCAAAGGCGGGAAAUUACUGGAAAAGUAUAACAAAGCCAACCUUUUUAUUCUUGAUUUCUUCGAAGAACAUGCCAGGAAACAACCCAACCAUCCCUGUAUUUUAUUUGAAAAUGAGACGUACACCUAUGGAGAGGUGGCUGCUAAUGUGAACCGCACAGCUCGGUGGGUCCUAGGUUCGGAUCCCAGCUUGAUGAAAGGAGACGCUGUGUGUGUUCUAUUACACAAUGGACCUACUAUCGUGUGGACUUGGUUGGGUUUGCAAAAGAAGGGUAUCAUAUCAAGUAUGAUCAACUUCAAUCUAAAAGGACAGGCCCUUCUUCAUUGUAUUAAAGCCAGUUACUCAAAACACAUCAUUUUCGGCUCAGAGUUCCUCGAUUCGAUCCUCGACAUCGUAGAUGCCCUGCGAGAUCUCAACAUUGGUUUAUGGAUGGUCAACGAUGCUUGCAUUCCUGAUCUAGUAACACCUGAGGAUGUGGUUACUAUGGAGAUAUCGACCAUGUCUGGAGAACACCUCCCUACUGUUCCGAUCACAAGUCCUGAAGAUGUAGCGACAUUUAUCUUUACUUCUGGAACUACAGGAAUGCCCAAACCAGUGAACAUACCUCACUAUAAAAUAACAGGGGCAUGUGUAUUCAGUUAUAUCCACGUUGGAUUAACACCAUCAGACGUCUACUACGUAGCACUGCCGAUGUACCAUUCAUCAGCACUUCUUAUCGCAGUUACUGGAAGUCUUUUCUCGGGAGCCACCAUAGCUAUUGCCAAGAAGUUUUCGGCGUCGCGUUUCUGGGAUGACGUCAGAAGGUUUCGAGUGUCUGUUUUCCAAUACAUCGGCGAGGUGUGCAGAUACCUCCUGGCGCAACCGAGGAAAGAAAACGACGGCCAGUAUCCUCGACCGGUAAAAGCGGUCGGUAACGGCUUGAGACCCGAUGUUUGGAGAGAGUUCAAAGAGAGGUUCAAGAUUGCUCCAAUACUGGAGUUCUAUGCUUCCACUGAGGGCAACUUCAGUUUCUUCAACUCUGAUGACCAUGUUGGAAGUGUUGGCAGAUAUUCAUGGAUUUUAAGGAAAAUGUUGGAUAGAGUGGAGAUAGUUGACUGUGAUUACGAAACUGGAAAACCAAAACGGAAUUCUAAUGGCAUGUGUGUUCGUCUUCCACCCGGUUCAUCAGGUUUGAUGCUGUUUCAGAUCACAGAGAAAUCAGCUUUCGUCGGUUAUCAUGGCUCCGAGGAGAUGACCAACAAGAAGAUUGUCCGGGACGUCAAGAGACAGGGAGACGCUUAUUUUAACACUGGUGAUCUCAUUAAGAUCGACGUCGACAACUACGUAUAUUUCAUUGACCGUCUCGGGGAUACAUUCAGAUGGAAAGGAGAAAAUAUAUCAACAAUGGAAGUUUCUCAAGUUCUGGGCCUAUUUCCUGUUGUCCUCGAAGCCAAUGUAUAUGGUGUACCUGUCAAGGGUCACGAUGGACGGGCAGGGAUGGCAUCCAUUGUUCUACAUAAAGGAGCCAACUUAGAUUUCUCAGCUCUCUAUCAGCACAUCACGACAUCUCUCCCGGACUAUGCCCGGCCGAAGUUUCUCCGACUUCUCGAUGAGAUGGACCUAACGAGUACAUUCAAACACAAGAAGACUGAAUUGAUGAAGAGGGGAUUCGCCCCCGAUGGAUACGGAGAAGUUUACAUCAUUGACCCGUCAAAGAAGACAUAUGUGCCAAUUAAUCCUUACCACGUCAAGGUGUUAACAGCAGGUCAUUCAAAGUUGUAAUGGUAAUUAGCACUUCAAGUAUCAAGAUAAUAUAGAGAGACUUCAAUAUUGUCUCCUCCUGGAGGUUACAAACUUGUUACGAAUUCAUGAAAUUGUUUGAGAGUAGAGUUUAUAACAGACCCUUCGUCAUCUUUCUCGAUAAAACUAUAUUGCGCAAUCCUGAAGAGUAUGGAUUUGGAAGAUCACACUCUAUGAUAAAUCAUAAUGAUCACUAUUCAUUGCACAUAAUGGGCGUAAUAGUUUAUAUUUUACUCUAAUCCAACGAUGUUUGUAGGACCAUGGACCCUCUCGCAUCCCUGGUAGGACUAUGCCUGUUCAUCGGUCCAAGGAAAUAUACUGUAUGAUCCACACUAUCAGUUUCAAUUAGUUGCAUGUGACAAGACAGAAAAUCCAUUUCUCAAAGUCAUACACAAAAGUAAUAUCCUUCCAUGCAGUGAUCAAGCCGAUUCUCAAAAGAAUUUACAGAAGGUGCUGAAAACACGUUUUCUGGUAGACUGUUCCAAGAACUUAUUCAUCGAGCCUCGCAUACUGCUCAUUCUCAAGUUUCUGUGUUUCUGUGGAGCGUUGUGGCCCAGUGACUUCGUCUGCGGUAUUUGAAAAAGAGGGUCGUGGGUUCGAGUUCCAGCCAUGACGUAAUUCUAUUCAGAAAUGAAUUUAUCCACAUUGUGCUGCAUUCAACCCAGGUGAGGCGAAUGUGUACCUGGCGGGAAUUUAUUCCUCAAAACGAUGAGCGCGUAUCAGCAGUAUGCCAUAGCCAGGGUAAUUAUGGUGAGCUUAAAAUUGUAUACAGCACUUAAUAAACAGGUGUUAAAUGCUAAAUAAAGUAUAGAAUUGUUAAAUAUAAGUUGAAAAUUAUGGGCUCGAUGGAAAAUGUCAUUAUGGGCUUGACAUGCUUGAAGGAGUAUCAACAUAGUUUUAGGAAUUAUCUGUAAGUAAGGCAGAAGGCAGGUUACGUGUGUCAGUGGUCAUCUAUCCGUAGCUCUACCUAGCCGUAAUUGUUUAGCCCAAUUUAUUUAGGAACCCUUACUUUUUACUCAUAUUUUAUUAUAUUACAUCCCGUUGUAAAACAUGGUAAAUUAUAGUAUACAUGCUGAUGGAAAGAUGAUAUACUUCUAAGGAAAAAUACUGAAAUAUCUUGUAAAGUUAUUGAAGACCAAGGGAAAUGGCCGAAUACAAAUAAAUGAUGGUUUAAUUGUUUUAAGUCUC